UGCGCUCUGCCGUAGCCGCAGGCAGACGACGAACGUCUGGUGUACUUGACCAAUCACAAUAGCAACGAGACGGAACGGCUGGUCUGCCAUUGUUGAUCUGCGUCGCUUCGAGCUUGUUAUUUUGUUUCUUCGACGGCGAUCGCCAGCCGGAAGCCCACAGUGGAGGUGGCUCGCCAACAGGAACAGCGCGCGGUCGCCAGCAGGUACCGCCAACCUACAUGAGUGCCGCUACGCCGCCACCGCCGCCGCAGUCGCCGCCGUCGCGUUGUUUUCGUGGUGAGUGGUGCGAACGCAAUGCACUAAGCGCGUGACGACCGCGAGUCGCAAUUUCCUCCAGCACGAUGGGCAACUGCCUGAAGCGCGCCACCACCGACGACAUCUCGUUGCUGCGAGGCAGCGACAGCGUGCGUGAGACCUCCUCCGACCAGCUGGGACCAUCUCCCUACCAGGAAACGCUGCCCAUACAGGCCGCUUCGCCGGUGUACCAUCCAUCGCCAAGUGUAACGCGUUCCGUGGGUCAGCUCACCGAGGAGGAGCAGGUGAAGAUAGCCAAACGCAUUGGGCUCAUUCAACACUUGCCCACCGGCACUUAUGAUGGCUGCAAGAAGGCACGCGAGUGCGUCAUCUGCAUGGUGGAGUUCCUCGUCGGCGACCAGGUGCGCUACCUGCCGUGCAUGCACACCUACCACAUGAAGUGCAUCGACGACUGGCUGAUGCGCAGCCUCACGUGCCCCAGCUGCAUGGAGCCGGUGGACGCCGCUCUGCUCACCAGCUACGAGACCAACUGAGCGCGCGCCCCCCACGAAUACAAUACACAAUACACACAUACACAACCUAACCAACCACCACCACGGCCAGUGCCUUGCAACUGCUAGUGAAACUCUGUGAUCUGAAAAAACAAACUCUUGUCUGUCUAUGUCCGAAUGUAUAACUCUCGAUCAAUUAACCCCCACUUCCUGCGGGCGCGAAUGUGCACUCACUCACUCACUCACACACACGUUAGGUGGUUGUAGCUGGUGUGGAUCUUGGAUGAUCUUACUUAUUGGGAAACUGGAAAGGAUAGUCGAGUGGCUGUGAAUCUGCCUCUGGGGGAUGUCGGCGGUUGCAAAGCAAAACCACCGACGCCCGCCGGAGGCCGGAUGGAUUUGUAUAGUUCAUACUUUGAAGAAAAACAACCCUAGUUAGAUAUCUGUUUUAUAUUAUUCAUACACAUAGCUCUUAAAAGUCUAAAACACUUUAAAUUAAAAAAAAAAAACGCAAACGGCUGGGGACACAUGGUGUGUGUUUCCAGCCUUAGAAUGAAUGCGGAAUGAGGUGAGGCGUUGCGAAACAAUACCGACGACUCAUUGUUUACACUUACAUCGGCCCGAAUAUUUUCAAACAGCUUUACACACUGCGCGCUGUUAAUUGUUUGCUGCUUUUUUUUUUGUUGCGCUCUUCGAAACGCCUCACCUUGAGCGAGUCUAGGAUUGCUGGUAUGCAUGUGGUAAGCUGGAAACCUCUUCGUACACCCUGUGCUAGUAGAUCGGCUAGAACUAGGAAAGGAAAACAGGUCACAUUUUACAAUAAUAACAAAAAAGAUAAAACCGGUUGCGUACGUCCAUCGUCCAUUAAAUCGCGAAUUAAUUUUAAGCGUACACGCAAAUACAUAACAGACACUAGAUACGUGCUGAGAAAUAUUUUAAAUUGAGGUGGUGUUUAGACAACACUCUGUAUAAUCAAUCGUAGCCAAAGAUUGUGAUUUUGGCGAGGUGCAUCACACGAAUAUUUAGAUGAUUUAAACAAAAACACAUACAAAACAAAAAAAAAAUGAAACUGGAAUAUGCCUACAUUAUAUCUACUAAAGUAACAUACUGAUAAUACUUGAUAAGAUGUGUGUAUGGAGUAACGCUUGUUUUACAUAAUGGGACAUACGUGUUUUUGUACUACGAAGUAAACUAUAGCUGUAAGUGCAUAUUAUUAGCCAAGUUUGUUUAUUAGAUUGUGAGAGGACGUAAGGGAGCUAUCUGCGAAGGAAAGGAAAUUAUGGCCGUGAACAAAAUUAUCUGUAAGCCGCAAGGCGAACGCGAGAUUGUAUUAAUUUAAUAUAUAUAUACUGGAGUAACGAUCUGGGAAGGGAAGGAAUCGACGGCGAGAAGAAAGGUUAUGCGAAACGUGUUAGUCAUCAAUAAUAAUAACUAUAUUAUAAAGGUAUAUCUAUAUAUUUGUUCGUUUCAAUAUGUUAAGACAUUAUUACAUACAAUAAAGUGGACACACUGUA